UUACUGAUUAUGGUGCUUAAAAUUCUAUAAAUCAGUCAUACUACUACUGCAAUAUGCAUGUUAACAUUGCAACACUGGAUUUAUUUAUCUAUCUAUUUAUUUAUUCUAACAUAACAACCACUUGUGGUAAGAUUCAGAUCAUGCUGGCUUUGAAUUUGUGAUUUUUUUCUCAGCAGUUUGGCUGUAAAGUUCAAGCAACAGAAGAAUAAAUAACCAGCAGCCCACACUGGAGGUUAAGGCCUUGAGUACCUGAGCAGUGAAGACACUGGUCCUCCUCACCAUCCAACACACACAAGCUUAAUGACGGAGAUAAAGAACCCACCCUGAGUGUAACCUGGAUAACCUCAGCUCUGGUGUUGUAGUUUAGGACGCAGGGGUUUAUGUUUAUGAGGUGGAGCAACAGAGACAGACAGAACACGAGCACCGACUUUGUGGGCCUGUGUGAUUAAAUACAACAGGGCAAGAUUUAUUUCCUUCUUUAUUUCUACUGAACACGUAAAACUAAGCUGCGGCUUCGACUGAGGAGCCACAUCUGGACCCUGCGGGACGUGCGUGAAAUCAUUUCUCUAUUCCUGCAAUUUACUGUAAUGCUUUGCAGAUGGCACAGUGUGUGUGUGUGUGUGUGUGUGUGUUUCAUGUAAUAACUCCUACAGUAGGAGCCGUGGAAAGGCAUGAGACUUUGUGGAGACUGCUAUCAAAAAGUAAACUGGACAAAAUACAUACGCAUGGCUCAACAAGUGGAACUUAAGUGUCCCCUGAGCUGAGGAUACUGAGGGUGGGGGUGGUUUUAGGAGACACGUGUGACUGCCUCAAGGCCUGUUUGCUGAACCUUUUUUUUUUUUUUUUUUUGAAGUCUAUACACCUUCAGCAUGAGAGUGAGUGACAUCACCACAAGGAGAAAUUUGUCCUGGUUUCAUUUAUUACUUCUUCUAUUUUUUUUUUACAAUUUCUCUGUCAACAUGUGGAGGGAACAGAAGCCCUGCAGGAACACAUGGGUCAGACUUAUAUAAACAUUAACGUGCUGUACACAACAGGCUUCAGGUUUCUGGAGAAUUCUGUGACGUGUGGCUAAAAGUACACUUCUGAGGUGACACGGUGCCUCAGAGCUAUCACCUUACUGCACCUUGUUGGGACUGGCUGACAUUGAAAUGGGCUGCCAGCUGCCGACGGGUAGUUUAUCACUGGUGUUAGGAAGUAUUCAAUGGCUUUCUCAGCUUGAGGAUGGCUCUGUGAAUGAAGACACCAUAUGUGCUAAUGUACACUGCACGUACACUGUGGAGGCUGUAGACAGUCUCUCAUAUGUCAGUGGAGAGAUCAUGUGUGUGAACAGAUUCAGGUUCAUUCAUACUACAAUAAUUUGCAACUGUUUACUCUGUCAUAGUUUAAAAGGAUGUCGUGUUUGAUUUGGUGUGAUCUGGUCCUCAAAUUAGCCCUGUUAAAGUGUGUGUAUUCAUGAUGCUGAGGCCUAUCAGCUUGCUCAUUUGCCUGCAGAGGAGCUGAUUAAAAUGCAUACUUCAAAAAAGCAAAGGUGUAAUUAAGAAACAGUCAUUCAAAUGAAAUGUAACAAAACCUCUCUGAACAGCAAAUAACAACCCAGUAGGCCUAAUGCAUCUUGUUUAAAACAGGUCGUGCAGGUAGGCAUUAAGAUAUAGCGAACUGAAAGGAGGCUGGAAUUUCUCUCCCGAGCACUCAGCCAAGCUGCAAGGUGAGUCGCUCUCUGCUCUCCGAGCCUGUGCAGGAGUGCGCUCUGCUGCUGCUGCUGCGGUGCGCCUCGCCUCGCCCCUCCCAUCUGGACUCCUGCUUAAACUCUCCUCUGUGCUCACCAAUAAAGCGCUUUUUGUCCAGGGAGGCAGCACUUGAGCGCAUUCCUUGACGUGGAGGUCGGUGUGUGUCUCCAAGGAUUUGAUGAAGACCGUUCGUUAUAAUUCUAAUACGUUCGCAGAAACUUAUUUUUUCUUCAGAGAGCGCGCACACACGGAAAACUACAAGGUCUUGGAGUUUUAUCGGCGAAGUGCUCCGUCUGGAUAAAGACACAAGCGCAGCUGCGCUCACAACUUUACGUCUUUGAAGUUGAGGGAAAAGAAGACCCGAAGAAAAGUGGAGCGAGAGUAGAGGAGGAAGUGUCUCCACUGGGCUGAGCAUGGAGAGGGAAAAAGUCUGCACCAUGAAGGUCUUUCUCACUCCGCUGAUGCCCUUUCUGCUCUUCCUCAUCCUUCCUGAUGGCACCUUGUCCAGCGAGUGCCCAGACGACUGCACCUGUUCCACUCCAGAAUCCAUCUUAUGUUUUCUGAGACGCUCCUCUACCAUCCCACAGGGAGUGCCCCCAGCUACAAAAAGUCUCUACCUCUUUGCCAACGGCAUUGAGGGCUUGACAGCUGAGGACUUUGAUGGUCUGGAGAACCUGGAGAUGCUGGACCUCAGUCAGAACAAACUGACUGAACUUGCUGAUAGGGUGUUUGAACCUUUGACCUCUUUGAGAAAUCUGGACUUGUCAUCUAAUCAGAUUACCCACAUUUCAGAGGAAUGCUUUCAGGGUAUGGCACUGCUUGAGCGCCUUUAUUUGUAUAGUAAUCUUAUUGAGACUAUCCACCCUGCGGCCUUUAAUGGCUUGGAUCACCUGCUGGAGCUCAAACUCCAGGGCAACCAGCUGACAUCCCUGCCUGCUCUCUCAAUGCCCCAACUGCUGCUGCUGGACCUUCGCUUUAAUGUCCUACCCACCUUGGGUCCAUCAGACCUCCAGACCCCAAACCUGGAGUCACUCAAAUUGGGUGGUGUGGGGCUCACCACCCUGGAUAAGGAGCUCAUAGGUAGUCUAAAGAAUCUCCACGAACUGGAUAUCUCAGGAAACCAACUUGAGACCUUCCCUGCUGCGCUGCAGGAGACACAUGGGCUGAUUCAUCUCAGCCUGGCUGGGAACCCGAUGGGUCCUCUUAAGGUUCAGGACUUGCAGAAUCUUGGAGAGCUGCAAGAGUUGGACAUUAGCAGCCUCAGUUUGCAGGGCCUCCCUGAGGAGUUCUCCCAACUCUUACCCCACCUCAGAAAGCUCACAGUAGCAGAGAACCCUUUCAACUGUCUCUGUAACUUAGCGUGGUUCCCAAGAUGGCUGAGAGACCAGAGCAUCACCCUGGAAAGGACAGAGGAGACUCGCUGCCAUUUUCCACCUGUAAAUGGUGGAAAGGUGUUGGAAAGACUGGAGUACAGGGAUUUUGGCUGUCCUACUACGACUACAGUCACUACUAGUACUGUUAAAACAACUACUACCCUGCCUGUUCCUGCUACCACCUUCGCAAGUACGACUAGAGCUGUCCCAGUCCCCAGGGCCAGUGACAACCCCGCAGACAAAGAUGAUUACUUUCCCCUGUCCCCUGUCCCUGCAUUGCCCAGUAGCAGCAGCACGGAUUCAGAUGAGGAGCAGCAUUUCUGUCCCCCUCACACCUGUCUGAAUGGAGGUACUUGUCAUUUGGACCAGCAUGGUCAGGUAGACUGCACCUGUCCACAUGGCACCUCAGGCAUGUAUUGUGAAAACCAUCACCCACCUUCACCACCUGAAGCUGAUAUCCCCAUGGUAACUGUCCCUGUCGACGCACCAGACAUCAGCUCACAUGAAGCAACCGCAACCUCAAUUCUGCUGGACCUCCACCGCUACAUUGAAAUGCGGCCCUUCAUCCGUGGAAUCCGCCUGACCUACCGCAAUCUGUCUGGGCCGGACCGCAGGCCAAUUCAACUCAGCCUGCCAGCAUCCUUCCCAGAGUACAGACUCAGAGGCCUGAAGCCCAACUCCACCUACUCUGUGUGUGCCAGUCCACUAGGUGCCCCCAGUGGCAUAGACAGCGUCUGCACUGAGGCCCACACGGCUCCUGAAACUGUCAGGGGCCAUGAUGCACAGUUUGACGACCAGAGGCUGACCACUAUGCUGGCGCCUGCAAUUGGCAUCUUGCUACUGCUUCUCCUGAUAGCAAUAGCAGUGGGAGUGGUAUGCUAUCUCCGCAGAAAGAGGGCCAAGGGCCACCUGGACCUGGACUGUGAGCCCUCCCAGCUAGAGCUGGAUGGAGUGAAGGCUGGUUUGGACAAUGGGGCACUGCCUCAAAAACAGCCCCAACUUACGAUCCCUGAACCUGCUGUUCAGAAUGGCAAUCUGGAAUAUGAGGUGUUGCUACUACAGGAUCACUGUACGUCGAAUAACAAUAUGACUUCACACAAGCCUUCCUACUUUUGACACCUGGCUUUGACUACCCAGACCUAAAGGAGGAUUUUAAUUCUUCAGCUCUGUUUCCCCCACUGGAGAAACAGAGAGAGCAGCACAUGCUGUUGUGAAAGUGGAGGACACAGUAUCAGCCAGCCAACCAGUAGAGGAGAAACUGGACAUAUAUUUAACUCGAUGCCCUCCAGUUGUCUAAGUAGACAUUAAACAAGUUCAAAAGCAUUUGUUUGGACUUUAAAAAGUGCCUCUUCUCCAUUUACAUGCUGCAUCCUGCUUCAGUAAUACUUCUUCCCUCACACGGCUGGACUGGCAACCUCUCAGCCCCCAUGCUAUGAUGCUGGGAGUGAUGAUGUGUUGUGCUUGGCUGAAACCUAGGGUAAAGGGACAUAGUGACCUCAGGCCCUCCUUUAUCUGUUCAUACAGGAGAGCGCACUGAAAUGAGGUUGCGCUGACCUUUUUCCACCACAACAGCCCAACUAAACACUAUCAGCAAUUGUUUUUGCUGCAUGUUGUAACUCUUCAGUACUACCCCAAAGGGAUCAGUGCUUGCUGUGAAUGACCUUUAAGACACCAAAUGAAGUUGUGCGGAGAAAAUAGCUGAUGCUUGUAUCGCUUUAUUUGGCUCUAAAACACUUGUGAUUAUUUUGUUUUGUACGUAUGUUUUUUUUAUACCUGUGUCUUUAUGUUAAUUUUUUUUUCAUUGUGCAACAUUGUGACUGUUAACAGCCCUCCACACCCUCCACCCCCACCUCUUGUGACUAACAGACAAAACAGCAGAUUAAAAUCUUUGAAGAUUAAAACUCGUUUGGUACCAGCAAAGUCAAUCAAAGGGCUUUGCCACCAGAAUGUCAGACAGUCUAAGUAGAUGUGAGUCUGGACAGACUCAAGACUAAAUCCCUCUUCUCGAUUCCGAAGCCCCCAGCCUGUUUUGCCAUCACAAAGGGAGAAGGCAAGCAGGAUUACAAAAUGUACAGAGGGAAGCAGUUGACCGAACCCCUUCUGUUUCAGUGCUGUACUGAGUUUCAGAGCUUGUCUUAAUUACAGUAAGCACUCACAUGACUAUACCACAGCAAAAGAGAACUUCAGAGACAUUAUUUAUUAUUUAUAUCGCCUGCAAGGGAAACUUUGUUUUAUCCUUCAACCACAAUUCACGUACAGCAUACUACUUGGCCUGGCCCACAACAAGCAAAAGCAAAUAGUGGUUGUGUAUUGUGUUUCCUUUGAGUAAAAAAAGCCUGCUCAGUGAAAUGUUGUGCACAAUUUCUCCUUGGCAAACAGGGUCCCAGUUUUGAGCACUUGCACCUAACCAGACUAUGGAAAGGCCAGAUACACAAGAGAAGCAGAGUUCAUGGUGUUUAUAUUGUUGUGCAGAGGACUUGCAAAGUGGGAAAUUUACAGGAAGGUUAUGAUGCAGACACAGAGCGCUGAGAUCCAAAUCUGUAUAAGGGGCAAAGAAGGACUCAAAGUAACCUUUGUGUGUGUGUGUGUGUGUGUGUCUGUGUGUGUGUGUGGAUCUUUCAACUUAAGUGCAAGUACGUGUUCUGUCUUGUGCAAAGACCUGCAGACAUCAAGUCACUAUCAGUUACCCCCUUUAUCUGCCCGCAUGGCUAGGACUACAUUAGGCCCCAAACAAUUCUACCUGUACACAAAACACACCAAAGACACAUCUGUGAAUGUCUGUAAAGUUGCCGACUUUAAGUAUUCCCAGUGCACAAUUAACAGUGCCCAGCUAACAAGAUUCCUCGAGAACCCAUACAAACAAUCAAGCAAUGCAACUGGAAUAUUUGUCUGUAACAUAGAAUACAUUGAAGAUGACCAAAAGUAUUUUCGAUGUGAUUGUUAAUUUUUCCCUGUUUAUUUUGGGAAGCUCUUUGUUGUCAUUUGUUGUUGUUGUUUUUUUAUUCCGUGAACAUAUUUGUACAAAUGGAAAAAGUGAUAUUAUCAUUAAAUGAAUAUCCAAAA